UUUCAGGUUGUUGACGUUUCACCGCGUAGCAAGUGAAAGUGUCACGUCAGUUGAAUUACUGUCAGUAAUUUUUUAUUCUUAUUUCUGAUUAACUGCAAGAGGCUGCCUAGUGGUUAUUAUCAAGAACGAUGGGUGUAAAGCCUGCAAUUGGGAGAAAAUCUAACAAGAACCCACCGAUUUUUAGCCACGAAUUUGUAAUUCAAAACCAUGCCGAUAUCGUUUCGUGCGUUGUUAUGGUUUUCUUAGUCGGUCUAAUGGUCCAGUCGACAAGUCCUGUUGCGAGUUUAUUUAUUAGUCUACAUCAUAAUGUCAGUGGUACUGAGCCAACCAGGGAUGUGCCAAAAGGAGAGCAAUUCUUGUAUGAAGCUGGUUGGAAAGAUAUUUGUGCAGUAUUUUUCUACUCACAAGUGUGCAUAGUAAUGCAUGCUAUCCUGCAAGAGUAUUUCUUAGAUAAAAUAUCAAAGAAAUAUCAUCUUUCUAAAUCAAGACUGAGUGCACUAAAUGAGUCUGGGCAAUUGGUUGUGUUUCACCUUGUAACUCUGUUAUGGGGCGGUGAUGCUAUUCUUCGUGAAGGAUUUAUCUUCAACAUUUCAUACCUAUGGGAUGGUUACCCUGAUCACCCGAUGAGCUUCCUUUUGAAGUUGUGGUGGGUGGUUCAAGCUGCAUACUGGGUGCACACCAUUCCUGAAUUGUACUUCCAGAAGGUUAAGAAGGAUGAAUGGGCCGGUCGCAUCAGACAUGCUGCUGCUGCUUUCGCUUUUGUUGCUGCUGCAUAUGGAUUCAAAUUCCAACGCGUAGGAGUCUGCCUCAUGGUGCUGCAUUCCCUGGCCGAGUUUGUUGCUCACAGCUACCGUCUCAACACCAUCCUUAGAGGAGAACGUGAAGAUUACUUAGACAAAUUCCUGAGCGUGGUGAACGGCGCGGUGUUUGUGACGGUACGCCUGUGCUCGCUGGUGCUGGGCGUGCUCACUUUCUACUACGGACUGGCGGGUGUCGCGCCCCUCCUUGUGCGAGUCGCUGCACUCUCUGUCUUAGUAACAUUCCAGGUGUUCUUAAUGUUCAACUUUAUCACGGAGGCCAUCAAGCAGAGGCAGGAAGCUCGUCAAUUGGCGCUGAGCAAGCCCAAGAAGGAAAAGAAGGAGAAACCUAAGAAGGAAAAGGUUAAAAAGAUCCCCGCCGAUGAUUCUGACUUACCCGAAGUGGAUCAAAACACGAACAAGACGCUGAGGCAGCGGCAGGCGGCAGUCAAAGCUAAGUGAACACGCACAACCUAACUUAGCUAAGGAAAGUUAGCUUGUCCCCAUCCCGAUUCAAUGUAGAACUAUACACGAUUUUUUUAUAUAUGUAACAAACUGAAGCACAAAAUUCCUAGUUACUAAAAAUCUUCCAUAUGUAUAAGGAAUUUAUUUAAAAAUUUAUGUUAAAACUUCAAUUGUAAUCUAACCGCAUUUCAUGACAUGUAACGUAAUUUAUUUAUAAACAUAAUACGCAGAUAGGCACAAUAACGUUUUUUUUUAUAUUAAAUCAGUACAAAAUAUUUUUUUUUAGCUUUCCACUUUUAUGGUCUUGUUUUAAAUGACAUCAAUUGAUUAAUUUGACAGUUAAAUCGACAAAGACUUUAAUUAACUAUCUUUGACUAUUUAAAAAAUUAAAUCCACAAAAAUAUAUUUUAAUAUAAUUCCACAUAUGACUUUCUUACAUACAAUAUCUGUAAAAACAAAUAAAUAUGUUUCCAUACAAGUUUCUAACACUCGUAUUAAUUCUAAUUAAUAAUACAAAUUGUUAAAGAAGCUUGAAAUAAAUGUGAUUUUUAUUUGGGCCUAUCUCUGUACGUAAUUUAUUUUAACCAGUUUUAUAUGUGUUUGUGCUGUCUAUGUAUUCAAAAAGCUGCAUUGUCUGAGUAACACAAUAUUGUCGUAAAAUAUAGUGGAUACAGGGUUGUAAAAAUAUCUCUUUUAAAGUGUAAAAACUAAAAGUCUAGGUUAAAAUGUUGUUUGUAUAAAUAUAUUGAUAAGAAGAUAUACUGUGGCGAUGUAUGUGCACACAACAUUAUAAAUUCCAUUUGAUAAUUUUUGCAUUUUUAAUACAAUUGAUAUAAAACAAUAUUAAACAUUUAUUCAAUGUAUUGUGGAUUCCAAUUUUAAAUUAUUUUAUGAAUAUUUUUCGUGAUAGUUACAAUUUUAAGGUAUUUUUUAUUUUUACAGAAAAUAAGGCUAAAGCCAUGUAAAGUUCGUUUAUUUUUUUUUAAAUUUGGUGCUCUUAAUAUAUAUUUUGAAA